AUGGCUCCGAAAAGAGGAUGGUGUAAAUAUUGCCUAGAUGAUUACCGCCAAGGCGAUAUCAUUGUUAGAUGCUCAAGCUGCCCGCGCACAUUCCACCGAGAGUGUCUGGACCACGAAUUUCUGACAAAUUCAACUGCAACGGGAUAUUACCAGAACAACCACGAUAACCCGAUUGAUCUGUCAGAUUUCACAUGUGACUCGUGUCAGCAGUACGCACAGGAAAUCGAAAUUGUAAACGACGAAAGGUGUAAAAUAUGUAAGGAGAGAAACAGAGAUGAGUCGGAUAUACUCCUCCUAUGUGAUGGCUGUCCCAACAGUUAUCACAUGUCGUGCCUAGAUUUGCACGUAGAACCCGACUCGGAAAAGUGGUAUUGCCCAAUGUGCAAACCAGAAUCAUUUGAAGGAGUUAACAUUAGAGCCCAUAGAAGAAACCCUUUGUUAGACACAAGCGAACACGUUAACUCAUCUAUCUGUUACGUAUGCCAAAGACACGGAAAACUUUUGGGCUGUGAUUUCUGCUCAAACUCAUUCCACUAUGAUUGUUUACCAGAAUUUGAUAUAGGUACUUUUUUUAAUGAUAUGACUAUUUAUAUGAAUUGUAAUUUAAUACAAAAUACUAUUGCGGAUGUGUGGGAAUGUCCUUGUUGUCGUGGAGAGGACCCGUUCAUUAAUCAGAUGCAUAAGAGAUGGACGAUCUCACAAAUCGAAAAGAAUAGUAAAACCAGACGCAAAUCUAUACUUACAUGGAAAGGGGUUAUAACCAGAUACAGAAAUCGGUUCAUUCUAGCGCACCGUGAAGAGUUGGCACCCUUUGUUACCACUAAAAUUAUCGAUCAACUCAUUCGAACAUUCAUUUCCAAUAAAAAUAAGAAUAAGAAGGAAAAGAUUAAGGAUGUGGAGAGUCAGUUGGAUCAAUUACAAGAAGAACAGCUUAUUGAGUCGAAUAAGUUUGUUAUCAAGGCAAGAAAGAGCUGUUAUUACCCAAGUGGACGGAGAAGAGAUAGCCGUCCAAUGAGGAAUGGAGUAGCACUUAAACCACACCAAGAAGAUGGAGUUGAUUGGCUUCUCAAAUCAUUUCUAACUGGAGGAGCAAUUUUAGCUGAUGAAAUGGGAUUGGGUAAAACGAUACAGACGUUGUGCUUUUUAAGUUACUUGAAGAUGAUGAAUAUUGAAGGACCACACUUGAUAGUCGUGCCUUUGAGUACGGUAGGAAACUGGCUUCGAGAGAUUCAUAGGUUCACACCGCAUCUGACAGUAGUUAAGAUAUGUGGAUCAAAAACCGAAAGACUUCAUGCAAUGUCUGAUCGCCUGGCAUAUAACGGACUAUAUGACCUGUUUGUAACGACUUACGAAACAGUAAAGUGCGAAGAAGCGUUCUUUGUAGAAACAGUACCCAGAUGGCAGUGCCUAAUCCUGGAUGAAGCACACAGAAUUAAAAACCAAUCUGGAGCAUUAAGACACUCAAUGGAUCGCAUAGUCUCAAACAUGAGAUUACUACUAACAGGUAAAAUUCAUCAAAUUAAUAAAUUCUUAGGAACACCGUUGCAAAAUAAUGCACAAGAAUUGUUCACAUUAAUUAAUUUCAUGUUCCCAGAAUUAUUCAGAGAUUCCCAGAUUAUGGAACAGGCAUUUAAUGUAAAAAAGAGAGUUAGAAAUGAAGAUGAGAUGAAUUUUACAGUGCAGGAGUUGGAGUCGAUAAAGACACUGUUGUCAAAGAUCAUGCUUAGAAGACUGAAGGAACAGGCGAUCAGUUUACCGAAGAAAAUAUUCCAUGACGUGUGGCUGCCAUUGAGUGAAGAAACACUCAAGUGGUACAGAACACUGAUGAACAUAAGGACGCUGAUGAGAGAGAAUUUGUCAAUAAAAAAGUUGUUGGGAAUUGUAAUUAAGAUGAGGAUAAUCUGUGGUCACCCGAGAGGUAUAGUAAGUAGACCACAACAAAGAGAAAAGCUUCUGGAGUUUUUCAAACAGGAUAUGGAAGUACAGAAACAAAUCGAGUCAGAAGCGAAUGAACUCAACGACCUUAAAGGAUUUACACACAUCCAAGCAUCAGCAAAACUAACGUUUCUCGACAAACUGCUUAACCAACUCCACUACGAAAACUGCAUAAUGAUACCCAAUUAUCUCAAAAUGUACAAUCAACAUCUGAAGUCACUAGACCAGACACUGUACCGACAAUUUAUCAACACAAACCCAGAAUCUUUAAUCACUUCAACAGAUAACCAGUUUCUGCAACCAUUAAAGAAUCCAGCAGACAUGACCAGUUUGUUGAAGAUAGAAUGUGAAAAGCUGGAACAGAAUAAGUUAGGUGAACCGGUUAAUAAGUUUCUGAGUGUUCAAAAUGGGCCUGUGAAGAUAGAUUUUAGUGAUUUGAACCAAUUUAACCUCAAAGCCCAACUAAACUUUAAGCCCCAAAACAAUUUAAAAUUAAACCUUAUAGAAUCAUUAAAGACGGAAUCGGAAUCAAGUUCAUUCAAAAGAGAACUUGAAAAUGAAGAUCAGAGUGAGAAUAGUCUCAAGGAUGGUAAAGUAGAUAAAGUUAGCAAAAAGAAGAAGAAGAAAAUAUCAAAGGAUUUGUUUCUGAGUACAGUAGAGAACCAGUAUGUAAGAGUGCCCCAGAACACAAGUGAAAAUAAGUUGUACCUGAGUGAUUGUUUGCACGAGGUUAAUUUAACACAAAAUUGCCCCUACGUAUCAAUGAGGAUAUAUGAAAAGGCAUUAGAGCAGGAAGCAAAGUAUAAAAAGAGUAAGGAGAAAAGGUUGUAUAAGUUCGAAAGCACAAAUCUAAUUGAAGCGGCAGAAGAUUCAACAGAGUCGCUGUCAAACUACAUUAAUGACCCGAACCGUAAAACAACCAGAGUUAUAGAAUCUGAUGAUGAAAAUGGAGAUUUGUUUUCAAGUGAUGAUAACACACUUGUAAAUGGUGAUAAAUCAGGGUUAAAUGUUGAAAAGAAUGCAAGAGGUGCUUCAGAGGAUAGUAAGGUAUAUAUGCACAAAGUAUUAAUAUUUACGCAAUUUCAAUUGGUAUUGGAUGAAUUGGAAACAUACUGUAUAAAUAGAGGUUGGAAGUAUAUGAGGUUGGAUGGUAGUACAAAUAAGUUGAUAAGAGAGUUGGAUAUUCGUGAAUUUAAUAGCUCGAAUAGUAACUAUUUUGUGUAUUUGAUAAGCACAAGAGCAGGAGGGUUGGGGAUUAACCUUACAGCAGCAAACCACGUGGUAUUGUAUGAUGAGGAUUGGAACCCGUUUAUAGACCUUCAAGCGAUAGAUAGAGCACAUAGAAUAGGACAGAAGAGGAAUGUACAUAUAUGGAAAUUAAUUUCCGAGUGGACAGUGGAGGAAAGAAUGGCGUUGAUUCGUGAGAAGAAAUUACAACUUGAUAAGCUAAUAUUACAUAAUAAGACUACAAAGCCAGAAACUGAUGGAUGUGAUACUGAUUUCACUAAGAAUAACGUGACGAAUGGAGAAAGUGGUAAGAUCUUGGAUGAAGAAGACGUCAUCAUAAGUUUAUCCCAUGCAGCAAUGUUAAAGAUGAUGAUGCACGGGAAUAAGGCGCUGAAGUGUCUUGAGGCAGAGCAGAUAACGGAUUUGAAGUUAAAUGAGAUCAUAGAUAGGAAGAGAAGAGCGCCUCCUGAGCAUCUGGAUGACACAAACGAUAUCGAUGAUGUGAUUAUAGGGUCGAGUAACCAGGUGCAGGGUGAAGACAGAGUCAUUAUCCAGCUUGUAAAGGAGGAAGAUGAAAUUGACAUUACUCAAGAAGAUCCUUCAAGCCAGCCUAAAAAGAAACUAACAGGUUUACUAGUAAAUGAUUUAAUAAAUGAAGAGGAUACAACAGAUGGUUACGUUUCAGGAGUUGGAGGAGUUACAGAAGCGUAUGGAGGUGAAGUAAAUGGAGUUGCAGAUGAUUAUGGAGGUGAGGGAACUAAUGGAGAUACCGAAGGUUCUGUAGAAAACCAUGAUAAUGCCACAGCGAGUAGUGAGUAUGGAGCUGUUGCUGAUAAUGAAGUGAAUGUGGAAUCAUCAGAAACAUCACAACCACAGGAAGAACCAAGUCUAAAGAAAAGAGGAAGGAAAAGAAAAAUGGUAAUGGAAUUGGAACAAGCAGGAUUAUUGUGGAGAAGUGUAAGAGAAAAGAAGAAACCAAGUAUGAUAUAUACGCCAAUGGAAUGGCAAAAGAAGGGUGAAGGAAGAGUACUAAAACACGAAACUAAGUGUUUUUGUUGUUCAAAGCCUAAGAACUUUAAGACGACAUACAAGGACAAGGAAGGGAAUGAUGUAGAAGUUGAUUACGGAGAGUUGAUAAAGUGUUUCAGGUGCCCAAAGAGUUAUCACAAGUUCUGUGAGCGAGUAUCUAACAUUAAGAAAACAUGGAGUUGCAGAUGGCACGAGUGUUGUCUCUGUUUCCGAAAAAGUUCACAGUGUGGAAACCUACUGAUCCAUUGUUCAAGUUGUCCAACCUCCUUUUGCUAUGACUGUUUCCCUCCAGAUUACACUCGCCACUAUGUCAGCGAGGAGUAUUAUUAUAACCUUAACCAGCGAGGACUGGUGGCAAACUCUACGAACUGGAUCUUUUUCCUCUGCUCAAAGUGCAAGAUCGAGUCUGAGCGCAAGCGCAGGAGUAUUUCUGGUGAGGAAAGAGACAAGCAUAAGAAGGAACAAAAGGAGCUCCGUUCUGAGCUUUUAAGUACAAUUAAGAGUAAGACAGAUACGCUUAACUCCCGUGAAAACAGGCGUCUGCAAUCGAUAAUUAACCGUGAAGAUAAGAAACGUAUCGAGGCCAUGAAAAUGCAGGAAAGUGAACUUGAAGAAAGACAUCGACAAUUGUACCAAAGCCUAUUCCCCAUCAAUCUCAUCGCCGAGAUUAAAAAUCGCAUCAACUCUGAUAUUCUGAACGAUUCCACACCAGAUAAGAGCAAUUCGGAUAAAUUUGACAACUCAUACAAGGCCGAUAAUGCAGAUAGAGUUCCCGGUUCAGAUCGAGCUGCCGGUUCUAAAAUGGAUGCGGAUGAGGUUGAAAAUGUUGAAAAGCGUGAUAAAUCUGAUCGAUAUGAUGAAGAUUGGGGAGUAGGUAUGAGAAGCAAAAAACGUGGCCUAAACUUUUCAAAUGUUAGACUACCGAGUAGACUACUUCAGUUUUGUGAUAAUUGCAGAAUCCCACUCCACAACAUUUACAAGUACCCAGAACCUUGUCCAUUCCCAAAAGAAUAUGUUAAACUCGAUCUUGAAAUUAAUGUCAAAAAGCCAAAAUCUGAAGAAACGCCUAAUCAUACACUAGACACAAAUACUACCGCCGCAACCACCACCAAUACAACAAAUACUACUUCUAGUAAUAGUACCGCUCCAAAUUCUACAAAUGCUACCCCUAUGGCUACAAAUAAUGAAACGACAGAAUCCUCAGAUAAGCAGAAGAAGAUCAUUAAAAAGUGCUAUUGCAGUUUAUGUUAUGAGAAGAAUGGGAAAAGAAGUGUACAUUUUAGAAGACAUUGUGAUUUAUUAACUCCAGAAGAUAAGGAAGAGUAUAAAUUGAGGCAUGAAAGAGUUGAGAAGGCGAUGGAGCUGUUAAAUAAACUCAUACCAACCACAGCAAACUCAAUUGACUACACUCAAUUCAAUAACAUUAAACUCAAGUCACUGUAUAAUCAUAUGCUCGAUCAGUGUGACUCACUGUAUCUCAAGGCUCUGAUCAACGUAGGAUUGCUACCAAGUGAUACUGAUGGUCCAACUGCAUUGAGACACGCACCAAACCCAAUCGCUAAUCCAUUAGACUCUACAAACACACCUAAUAAGCCAUCUGAUGGCCCUGCAGUGAAUGAUGUUUCCGAGCUCACCAAAAACUACAUCCGAUCAUUCAACAACAUUUAUAAAGUGCAAAACAACCUCGUGCUACCCACACUUUACAAAAACAACACUGACAAUACUUAA